AGCACGAUCGAAUUGUACACAAAAAUCAAUUUCGAUGUUCUAACAGAAGAUGUAUUCCACCUUUAUGGAUUUCUGGGAAGUUGUUUAAGAAGAAAAGAACUAUGAAAGGUUUAUUUUUGAUGAAUUAAAUCUUGGUAAUGAUUGCCCUGAUCGAAAUGAUGAAAUGCAUUGUAGUGCAAGACAAUGUUCACUACAUACGCAUCCAUGUUAUGUAACUGAUCAAUGUGUUGAUAUACGAAAAGUAUUUAAUGGCCAACAAGAUUUUAUUGAUAGUACAGAUAAUAUUCGAUUUCUUCAAGUUAUAACAAGUGGAAAUAGUUAUAGAGAUGGUAUGACAUUUGAUUCGAUUGGACGUUAUUAA